AUGGUAACCCAAGAUUUUAUACUUAUUGUCCAUUCUGUCAAAAAGUUGCAUUGACUUGUGAAAGAAAUAAUAAAUUGGAUAAUUUACCAACAUACGAGGAAGUUAUUUACAAUGAUUUAAAUAAUUCAAACUUUUUGAAAGCAAAUUCUUUUAAUGAAAAAUCAAACGAGAAAUUGAGUUUUGGUACGAUUCAUCAUGUUAAGAAAAAUGAUACUUUAGUUGGGUUGGCUUUCAGAUAUGGAGUCGAGAUAGCAGAUAUUCGUAAAGCAAAUCGAUUAUUUGAUGACAAGAUUAUAGCUCGUUCGACUUUAAUUAUCCCAAAUUAUGAUGGACCUUCUUUAUCAGAAAAGCUUUCAGAGGAAGAAGAGAACAAAAUCUUGGUAAAACGUUUUCAGAUACAAUCUAAAUGUAUUGACCCAAUAGAAGCCAAGUUUUAUAUGGAACAAUCGAAUUAUAAUAUUGAAGAAGUCUAA